GAAAAAGAAAAGAACAGACCCAUUCUCCUCCUCCAACGGCAUCGAAGAUUCUUUCUUUCCUUCUUUGCCUUUUUUUUCUCACCAACACACACAAAAAAUCCAAUUUCGUCGAUUAGGGUUCAAUCGAACUCCGAUUUCUAAACCCUCCUAUUAUCCAUUUUCCAAAUCCCAAAACUUUCCCCAACUGGGUUCUCAAAUUCGCCACAGCGAGCCCUCGUAGCUCGCGCAUCCUUCAACUGACGAUGGCAAAAUUCUCCGCAACGAUUCUUCCUCGAUUCCUCGCCGUUGCAAUCGUCGUCGCCGUCCUAUGCAUCCUUUUCCCUGCCGCAACAGCCGAACCGGAAGAACCCUCCGUCCUCCGGUUGCCGUCUCAAGAGCAGAACGUGUGCGCCAAAACGACGCCGUCGUCGUGCCCCGCGAAGUGCUUCCGCGCCGAUCCUGUGUGCGGCGCCGACGGCGUAACGUACUGGUGCGGUUGCGCCGAAGCGGCGUGCGCUGGCGUGGAAGUUGCGAAAUUAGGGUUCUGUGAAGUGGGAAAUGGGGGAUCGGCGUCGAUUCCUGGCCAGGCUCUUCUUUUGGUUCACAUUGUGUGGCUCAUCGUGUUAGGGUUCUCUGUGUUGUUCGGUCUUUUUUAGAUUCAUGAGGUUUCGGUAUCUACGAGCUUGUGAUUUGGUUUUUACGUUUUCUUCUCUGUUGCAGAGAAAUUUGAGGUUGUUGAUUUUAUUUUCUUUGUAAAUUGAUCACACGGCUAUUCUUAUAUUGUUUCUAUGAUAAUUAUUGUUGUUAUUGUUAAACUUUGGAUUUCAAUAGAUUUCAGAUUAUAUAUUUAUUUAUAAAAAAUUCUUUAAAUGCG